GCGCGGGGCGCGGGCGCGGGGAGCGCGGCCUGUCCGAGCCAUGGCGGCCCCGGAGCCGGCGCCGAGGAGGGGCCGCGAGCGGGAGGACGAGAGCGAGGACGAGAGCGAUAUCCUGGAGGAGAGCCCGUGCGGCCGCUGGCAGAAGCGGCGGGAGCAGGUAAACCAGGGGAACAUGCCAGGCAUUCAGAGCACGUUCCUGGCCAUGGACGCGGAGGAGGGCGUGGAGGUGGUGUGGAAUGAGCUGCACUUCGGCGACAGGAAGGCCUUCGCCGCCCACGAGGAGAAGAUCCUGACCAUGUUUGAGCAGCUGGCGCUCGUCGACCAUCCCAACAUCGUGAAGCUGCACCGCUACUGGCUGGACGCCUCGGAGACCCGCGCGCGGGUCGUCUUCAUCACCGAGUACGUGUCGUCGGGCAGCCUCAAGCAGUUCCUGAAAAAGACCAAGAAGAACCACAAGGCCAUGAACGCCCGGGCCUGGAAGCGCUGGUGCACACAGAUCCUGUCAGCGCUCAGCUUCCUGCACGCCUGCAGCCCCCCGAUCAUCCACGGGAACCUGACCAGCGACACCAUCUUCAUCCAACACAAUGGCCUGGUCAAGAUCGGCUCCGUGUGGUACCGCAUCUUCUCCAACGCCCUGCCUGACGACCUGCGGAGUCCGGUGCUGGCGGAACGCGAGGAGCUACGAAACCUGCACUUCUUCCCGCCCGAGUAUGGAGAGGUGGCCGACGGAACGGCCUUGGACAUCUUCUCCUUCGGGAUGUGCGCGCUGGAGAUGGCCGUGCUGGAGAUCCAAGCCAACGGGGACGCCCGAGUCACCGACGAGGCCGUGGCCCGGGCCAGACAUUCCCUGACUGAUCCCGACACGCGGGAGUUCAUCCUCUCCUGCCUGGCCCGAGACCCCGCGUGCCGGCCCUCUGCCCACAACCUGCUCUUCCACCGCGUGCUGUUCGAGGUGCACUCGCUGAAGCUCCUGGCGGCACACUGCUUCAUCCAACACCAGUACCUCAUGCCGGACAAUGUGGUGGAGGAGAGGACCAAAGCCCUGGACCUGCAGGCCGUCUUGGCGGAGGUGCUGCGGCCCGCCCAGCCCCCGGUGCAGUGGCGGUAUUCGGAGGUGUCUUUCUUGGAGCUGGACAAGUUCCUAGAAGAUGUCAGGAACGGCAUCUACCCACUGAUGAACUUCGCUGCUGCCCGGCCCCUGGGCCUGCCCCGGGUGCUGGCCCCACAGCCAGAGGAGGCCCAGAAGACCAAGACCCCAACGCCGGAGCCCUUCGACUCGGAGACCAGAAAGGUGAUCCAGAUGCAGUGUAACCUGGAAAGAAGCGAAGACAAGGGGCGCUGGCAGCUUACCCUGCUCCUGGUGCUGGAGGACCGGCUGCACCGGCAGCUGACCUACGAGCUGCUCCCGACUGACAGAGCCCAGGACCUGGCCACCGAGCUGGUGCACUACGGCUUCGUCCGCGAGGACGACCGCGCCAAGCUGGCCGCCUUCCUGGAAAGCACCUUGCUCAAGUACCGCGGGGCCUAGGGCUGCCCGGGUGACCUCGGCAGCCCAGGCCUCGGUCUGAACCCCGGGGAGACCCCACCGGUGGCCUGCAGGUGUCUGGCCAGAUCCGGAGGGAGGCUACGGCCCAGCAGCUCCGGCUCUGGGGUGGGUCCACCUGGCCCCCAGGAGGCACAGAACGUGGGCUCCCUGUGUGACAAAGUGCCAUGCAAGGGUCCUCCUGCCACCCAACAGUGACACUGUGGGUGGGCAUCGCGCCCAGGGGCUUCUUUAGGGCUGACCACUGACUUAGCUGCCGUAGCACGCUACCAUAACAAGGCAGGUAGGCAGGGCCGGGGUGGCUGGGCUGAGCCCCUGGCCCUGGCCUGCUGUGUGCCU